GGGGUGCAGUGGCGUGCACCUUUCUCUCAUAAAUCGGGAGGCAGAGACAGGACGAUCUCUGAUACCAACGACACAUUGGCUCGACCUUCGAGCACCACAGUGGCAGGCCUAAGCUUCCGGGCUGGGCCGCCACCUCUCUAGAACCUUCCGUGCCUAGUCUUCCCCUACGUUAAAUGGGUGAAGUUCCGACUUCCCGAGCUGCUACUGCGACAGUUGCGUGGUGCGCGCGCUCCCGGGGCGGGGCUGCGCCAGGCGGGAACGGAGACCCCGCCCCGCCCCGUCCCGCGCCCGGCUGAUUUAAGACCAGGUUGUGUCUACGCUGGCGAGAUCGCCCAUCCCUGGCAGGCCCCGGCCUCAGCGCUCCGGCGGCGAGCCGUGCAGGUUAGCUCUCGACGACCGCGAGCUUGCGGCGAGGCCGCGCUCGCUCUUAGGACUCCUUGGCGACCCAGACGGUAAUACCAAGAAAACCAGAUGGCAUCUGGAGAUUUCUGCGCACCUGGAGAAGGUGUGGAAAUACUGCAGCAAGUGUGCGGUAAGCAGUUUCCUCCAUGUGCCCUGACGGAGGAGGAUCUCAUACAAAAUCCACAUUUCAGCAAGCUGCUGCUGAGUCUCUCCCAGCACGUGGAUGAAAGUGGCUUGAGCCUCACGCUGGCCAAGGAGCAGGCUCAGGCGUGGAGUGAAGUUCGGCUUCGUAAGACAGCAUGGCUGAGGUAUGAGAUCUUACAGAGAGUUAUCCAAGAGCUGCUCGUGGACUACUAUGUGAAGGCCCAAGACACAAACCUAACCUCCGAAGACAAAAAGUUUCAUGAGACCCUUGAACAGCGGCUGCUCGUAACUGAGCUGACACAGUUGUCAGGUCCCGGGCAGGAAACAGAGAUGCCCCCGCUGCUAGGGCUGGAGAAGGCCGACCUUCUGGAGCUCAUGCCGCCCUCCCAGGAUUUCGUGUGGAUGAAAGGCCGGCUCCAGCUGGAGGUGGAGGAGCAGCUCAAGAGGAAAUGCUUCACGCUGCUGUGCUACCAUGACCCCAGUUCAGAUACUGAUGGAGACAAGCUGAAAGCAGCGAAGGUGUGGACGCUGACGGAGGUCCUGAUCAGGGAGAAGCAGCAGUGCCUGGAGGCCAAGGGCCAGCAGAAGGAGCAGCUGGUGCUCCUGGAGAAGAAGAGGACCACCUACUCCCAGGUGCUCCUCCGCUGCCUCGCUUUGCUGCAGAGGCUUCUUCAGGAGCACCGGCUGAAGACGAAGUCUGAGCUAGACCGCAUCAAUGCCCAGUACCUGGAGAUCAAGUGCAGUGCUAUGAUCCUUAGGUUGAGGAUGGAGGAGCUGAAGGUCUUGUCUGACACUUACAGUGCUGAGAAAGUGGAAGUGCACCGCCUCAUUAGGGACCGUUUGGAGGGAGCCAUUCGCCUCCAAGAGCAGGACAUGGAGAAAUCAAGGCUGGUCCUGCACACCUAUGAGGUCCUGGGAGAAGACUUUGAGAACCUGGUGAAGGAGUACACCCAGCUCAAACUGGCAGCCGAGAACAAGCGCUGGGCCCUCCAGGAGUUCAGCAAGGCCUGCCGCUGAGCUGAGUGUAGGCAGAACCAGGAAGCGUGAAUUCUCCAUGGCAGCCACCUUCUCUUCUCGCUCAAUGGACCACCUCCACCACAAGGGAAUAUGGGGACACUUGCUUAAAACACUGCGAUCUUCACAACACCCUUUUGGUUUCUCUUGUUUACAAUGACUGGGUCUCUUCUGGAAAUGUAGCUAUCAGAUUUAUAAAAUUCUGUACGUAUCUGUUUUGCAUCAGCCCUGUGUAAUAAUUUCCUGAAUAAAGUUGUAGUAUCGUGCCUUA